AUGAGUAACGUCUUCGAGGGAUACGAACGCCACUACUGCGAACUUUCAGCUAAUCUAUCCAAAAAAUGCACUGCCGCUACUGCUCUUAAUGGAGAGCAAAAGAAACAAAAAGUUUCUGAAAUAAAGGCUGGAAUUGAUGAAGCUGAAGCUUUGAUUCGAAAAAUGGACCUUGAGGCAAGAAGUUUGCAGCCAAAUAUCAAGGGUGUACUUCUUGCUAAGUUGCGGGAGUAUAAAUCAGAUCUAAACAACCUUAAAAGUGAAAUUAAGAAAAUUGUAUCUGGAAACUUGAAUCCUUCUGCACGGGAUGAGUUGUUGGAAUCAGGCAUGGCAGAUGCUAUAACGGCAUCAGCUGAUCAGAGGACAAGAUUAAUGACCUCAACUGAGAGAUUGAACAAGACUGGUGAACGGGUUAAGGAUAGUAGGAGGACAAUGCUGGAAACCGAAGAGCUGGGUGUUUCUAUUCUCCAAGAUUUGCAUUCACAGCGACAAUCUCUAUUGCAUGCACAUAACACGCUUCAUGGAGUGGAUGAUAACAUAGGAAAGAGCAAGAAAAUUAUGACAAACAUGUCAAGAAGGAUGAACAAGAACAAAUGGAUCAUUGGCUGCAUUGUGCUUGUUCUGGUUGUUGCUAUCAUCGCGAUCCUAUACUUCAAACUUGUUAAAUAG